GCAGGGACUACCGGAUGCUGUAGCGACCAGUGUCGCUGCAGUGUUGCGCUUUCCUGUUUACGGGCGGGAAGAGCGAACGUAGCUGGCUGUGGAAGCCACUGUGUUUAAGUCGGCAGCACAUUUGUUUUAAUUCUUCUUGAUGCUAAUGGUUUGCACGUUUUAAUGAUACACGGGGCAUUGCGAGGUCUAUACGAUACGUUUUAAGUGGACCGUUGCUGAAAACUAAAGGGAUUUUUGGAGAGUGCAGGGCAGAUGGAGGAUCCUCUUGCAGAUUCUGGCGGUGGUGGCGGCGGCGGUGUAGCAGCGGAGGGCCCCGCGGUGCAGGUGGCAGAUAUCUGCUGGCCGACCGGGGCUCUCCCUUUACGGCUUCUAGAGUGGAAAGUCAAACCCGGGUCUCUUGUUAAUGUGGACUCCGUGCUUGCACUGUGUGCUCCCAUACCUCAGGAGAAGGGGGCAGAGGCUGCCAGGCUGCCAGAGAAGAAGGUGAAAUCAGAUCGUGCUGGAGUAGUCAAGGAGCUAUGCUGUCAACUUGGACAAGUCAUAUCUCCCGGGGGUGUCAUCGUCAGAAUAGAAGAAUGCAGCCAUCCGAUAGUAAUGAAGGGUUUAUGCGCUGAAUGUGGCCAGGACCUGACUCAGCUGCAAAGCAUGAAUGGGAACCAGCAAACUCCCAUCUCCACAGCAACCGUCUCCAUGGUGCACAGUGUCCCCGAGCUGAUGGUCAGCUCAGAGCAAGCAGAACAGCUGGGCAGAGAAGACCAGCAGAGACUCUACCGGAACAAAAAGCUGGUCCUGAUGGUGGAUCUGGACCAGACGCUGAUCCACACCACUGAACAGCACUGCCAGCGUAUGUCCAAUAAGGGAAUUUUCCACUUCCAGCUCGGGCGAGGAGAGCCUAUGCUCCACACACGACUACGCCCACACUGCAAGGAAUUCCUGGAGAAAAUUGCCAAACUCUAUGAGUUACAUGUCUUCACAUUCGGGAGCCGCCUUUACGCACACACCAUUGCCGGCUUUCUGGAUCCCGAAAAGAAGCUUUUCUCUCAUCGGAUCCUUUCUAGAGAUGAAUGCAUCGACCCUUUCUCCAAGACAGGGAAUCUUAGGAAUCUUUUCCCUUGUGGUGACUCGAUGGUCUGCAUUAUCGAUGACCGAGAGGAUGUGUGGAAGUUUGCACCUAACCUCAUCACUGUGAAGAAAUACAUCUACUUCCAGGGCACAGGGGACAUCAACGCUCCCCCUGGAUCACGGGAAGCUCAGAUGGCAAGGAAAGCAGGAGGCCCGUCAAGUCGACCCGCAGAGAGCACAGAACCAGCACCAACACUUGGUACUGAUGAGCAAAAUAAUGGUCCCAGAAAAAGGGCAAAAGACAACAACAUUUCUGGAAAGGAAGAGUCCACAACAUCUCAGUCUUCUCAGGGAGUAUCAACAAAUGAACGGACACAUCCCACAGGGGUUGUGGGGGAUGAAUCGGGACAAGGUAAAGGGUCGGAGAAUGAGGCGCAGUCCGGGGCGGGGUCAAGGGAAACUCAUGUGGGUGACAGGACAAAUAUUAAGGAAGAUGAUAGCAACAGGACACUGGUGACACGAGAGGCACAGGACAGUGCAAACUCAUCAGCACCGAGCCAUGAGUCUAAUAACUUGGACUUUGACCUUUCCAGUGACAGUGACAAUGAGUCCAUUACAGAAAAGCCUCCCUCAUCAGAAAGCGAUAGUGAAGGCAAGUCUGGCCAGGCAAAGAAAUCUGGGCAGGACGGGGUUACGCAAGAGCCUGGUGAUGAAGAUGGGGCAAGGGAAGGGGACAGUAAAGGUCGGAGUCAAGGAGAAACCAGCUCUGACACAGCAGAACCUUCAGCAGUUCUUCCCCCAGACCCCGAGCUGGGAAAUGGCUGCUCAGAUAAGAGAGAGCCAGAAACAGAGUCCCAGAAUAGUGAACAAUCUGGGGUCACCAUGGGGGAGGAGCUGCUGGACCAGAAUAUGGAGGAUGAGGAGGAGGAGGAGGAGGAGGAAGAAGAAGCUGAUAACGACCAGGAUGAUCACCUGAUCUACUUGGAGGAAGUGCUAGAAAGGAUCCACGCAGAGUAUUACGCACGUUAUGAGGCCUACCUGAGAAAAGAGGCCUCUGAAACGCCGGACAUCCGCAAAAUUGUCCCAGAGCUGAAAAGCAAGACACUGGAGGGCACGACGAUAGUUUUCAGUGGACUGUACCCAACCAACUACCCCAUGGAGAGGACCCGUGAGCACUACCAUGCCAAAGCACUGGGGGCCAAAAUUGGCAAGAAUCUGGUUCUUAGCUCCGAAGAUCCGAGUCGGACAACGCAUCUCAUCGCAGCAAGAGCUGGCACCGAGAAGGUCCGUCAGGCACAAGGCUGCAACCACCUCUAUGUUGUCAACCCCGACUGGCUGUGGAGCUGUCUGGAGCGCUGGGAGAGGGUGGAGGAGCAGCUGUACCCACUAAAGGAGGACUAUUCCAAGACGCCAAGGAGCAACAGUCCAGCAGCAUUCCCUGACAAUCUGGGCUCCAUGCAGAAGCCUAUUUUACACCCAGCUGCCAUCCACUACAGACCUUCACCUCCAGCCCCUGAGGUUCGGACCUACGACCCCGUCACAGGGAAGCUGAUCCGCAGGGGCCCUCAGGUGUCACGGCCACCACCCUACCUUCAGGCGUCAGGGUCUUUAUUGCUCUCUGAUCACAGAGAGCAGUCUUGUCUCAGGGGAACUUCAAAGAGUCAGCAAGAUGGUGUGGCAGGGUCCAGCCAAGACAACGAGCAGCCAGGACCGUCUCGUCGGAAACGGCAGCCGAGCAUGUCAGAAAGUAUGCCUCUAUACACACUUUGCAAGGAGGAUCUAGACAGCAUGGACAAAGAGGUGGACGAUAUCUUAGGUGAGGAGAGCGACAACGAAAGUGAGGGCAGAGGGAAGGAGAAGCCAGGCAAUGAGGAGGAGGUGGAGGAUGAUGAAGAGGAGGAGGAGGAGGAGCAGCAGCAGCAGCUGGGAGCUGGACAGAUAGCAGGAGGAGGGCCCAGGCCUCAGGCGCUGAGUGUGGAGGAGAGGAUCCACACACCAUCCAGUGAGGCCAGUCUGCCCAGUAGUGUACCAAGGGGCCACAAACGUAAGCAUGAUGAAGCCAAGGAGGAGGAAGGCGACGAGAAUAAGGAGGUGGCAGAGGAAUCCGCUGACGAGUCUUCUAAAGACUCCAACGGGGAAGAAGGCGGCAGCAGCUCGGAGGCAGACGAGAUGGCGGCUGCCUUGGAGGCAGAGCUCAAUGACUUUAUGUGACGUGGAAAGUGAUGGGACUCAGUCACAUGAAAAGGACAACGAAAAAAUCUGCCCCAUUCGCCCCUACAAGUGGUACCUAAAAAUCCUAUUUUUCUGCUUUGGAAUCUGUGUGUACUGGAUGUAUGAGCCAUGAGUGUGUGCUGUAUUAAAAAUGAAUGUCCUGUACAGAAAUGACUUGUUGCUGUGUAAAUAAAGGCUUAGAUUUUUUUGUAGCAUUGAUAUAUAGCCUUUUUGGCAUAAAACACUUUGAUGUUAACAUUUUAUUGUAUGAUAACAAACCAUAGGAGAAAUUUGAUACUCUUUUUGUUUGACUUUUUUCUAUUUCAAUUUUUAUAUUGAUGAGAAAAAGAUAAAUGAAAUUAUAAACUGUAAAUUUUGCUGGUCGUACAUGCCAAAGAGUUUGGAAUAGGUUUGCCAAGGCGUGCAGCUAAAUAUUUUACUCUGGACUUCCAGUUUUACUUUUCUUUUGGCCUCAACGGUUUUUUUAGGGUCAUAAAUGCAACCAGCGGAUCUAGACGUUUGAAUGUGUUUUCUUGAAUCAUUUCUUCCUCCUCAUGGUGUUUGUACUUUUGAUAACAUAAUGGUAAGGUAAGCUUCUUUGUGUUUGUGAUAACCAGCCCCUUGGUGCACCCUCAACCAAAUCCAACUUAACUUCCAGUUUAUGUUCAUUUUCAUGUGUUUCAUAAGUUCACCUUUCCCAUGUCAACCCACUGUCGAGAUUGUACAGUUCAGAAGGACAGACUCUCUCACUCGGCCUCUGCUUAUGUACACUGGAGAGGAUACCUUGUGAAGCCCUGUUGCCUCAAAGGGUAACUUCACCCAAGUUACAAUAUUACCUUUAGUGUUAUAACUAUGCAGUUUUUUUUCUGUCCAGGUUUUGAGAUAUACAUCUGAGGCUUCUGCCUCCACCCCAGAACAAUGGCACUGAGCUCAUAUAGGUUCAUAUGGUAUAAAAAAUAUAUUUUAUAAAUUAUAUAUAUAUUAUAAUUGAUGUGUGUUUAUAAACUAAUUCAUCAGUAGAAAGUAGAUCCAGUGAAAACCUUUGACAGCGAGUUAGAAAGAAUUAUCCAGAGUAACUGGGAUUCUGGACAGAGAUGUGACUCUUGAAUUUUUUUAAAUUGAUGGGAAUGGCAACGCCAGAAACAAAAUUGCAUUCACCUCUGUUGUAUUGGGGUGGCAGUAGAAAUCUCAGAGACAAAAAUAUCUGCAUGACUAGAUACCACUGGAGGUAAGUGAGAAAAUGUGUUUUUGGUCAUUUGGGUGAACAGACCCUUUAAACCGGCAUGAGGCAAGAUGCUUAUAUAGUAUAGAAAUGUCUAAAAUGAACCCAAAUGAAAUGUUUUACUUGUCUAUCCAUAUGAAGUGAUAACCUCAAAGUACUUAGCAGAGAGAGAGAGAGCAGCUCCCCAGCAUCGCAUCCCUUUGGUGUCCUUUGGUUUAAACCAGCCUCGUUGGUAAAUAUGACUGUGCUGUGUGCACUUUACUGACAUCACACAUUACAGGAUUGCUGUGUAUUGAAGAUCAACAAUUCCAUCUCUCUCUCUUUUCGAACCACCAUCAUGCAAAGUUGCCUAGUGUGACUAAUAGAGCAUAUAUGUUGUACCAUGGUUGCUUACAUUCACCGUUCAUGUUUGGCGUCGAACCCAUAGCACUGAGUCUGUUUUUGUUUCAUUCAAAAGAGUUCCAAACAGUGAAAGAUCUUCCUUCUUCUGCAUUUAGGCUGUAGAAAUAAAUGAUUGUAAUUACUGUCCCAAAGCAGAAGAGCAGAUGUCUGUUUGAAUCUCUGCCCAGUGAAUGAUUUUCUCUCACCUUCACCUACUACACCCAACAAAACAUCAAGAUUUUCCUUUUUAUAGUGACAGUCAUCCCGUUUUGUUUUGUUUGUGUUGGUGGUUUUAUCACGAGUUUCUAUCAAGCAACUGACAUGUAAAGUAUUUGUAAAGUCUAUUUCCUACUUGACCCCGAGAGAGAAGAUACUUUAAUCAAAUAAAAAUGUUUCUAAGUAA